CUUUUUCGACAAUCCAUGGCUUUAUCAAACUUGAAGGCCCCUCGCAUCAUGGCUCACAAAUCUGGUCCGGUCGUCAUGCCCCUGGACAGAGUCCCGAUGCUUGGGAAUAGUCAGCUCCCACUCAGAAGAGCAACUGCUAUGCGGAUCAGAUCUUGCUUAAACAACCAGGUGUUCGAGGAUCGGGCCGAGGGUAUAAUCUGUUACAGAGACGAGAACGGGGAAAUUGUCUGCGAAGGGUUCGACGAGGGCCCGAGAUUCCGGCCGAAGACCGCGAGAACAGAAUACCGUCCCAGAGAUGCCAAGAUCAUUGACCUUCUCCAACGGAACUGGAUUCAGCUAGUCAAUGGAAGCCAAGCAUACCAAGCCGACACCGGACUCUCGUCGCGAGAGGACUUCAACUGGAACGGUUUCAACAGAUUCCGCUGAUCGGCCGCGCUAACGUUGCUUUCCAAGAAUAAAUCAUAUUCAAAAUUAGAUAUGCUCUAGAAUGUCGAAACUCCAAUUCCUGCAAUGUGAAUGCUCAACCUGUUUUGCCCAGAAGGCGAAUUAUUUUGUCUAUCGAGUCUUGAUCUGAGAAACGUUCUCUCAA